CUUUUCUUUUACUUCAAAAUUUCACGUCACUCAAACAUUCCAAAAUUAUUUUAAAUUUUUUAUUUUUAAUUAAAAAUGUCAAAAGGAUCUGGACCUUUAUCAAAGUUGUACAAUGUGAUCAUUAGCUCUGUAGAUGUUUUGGUUCCACAAUCGAUGCAACCGUUUUGGACUUCCCCAGCUGGUCCACGAACCGUAUUCUUUUGGGCGCCGCUCUUCAAAUGGAGCCUGGUGGUAGCCGGUCUUGGCGACACUUUGAGUCGUCCUGCCCAGAACAUCUCGCUCAACCAAUGCAUGUCCCUGGCAGCCACUGGCUUAAUUUGGUCCCGCUACUCGAUGGUGAUAACCCCAAAAAAUUACAACUUGCUGUCCGUCAACAUUGCGGUCUUUAUCAUUCAGAGCUUUCUGAUUGCCAAGCACCUAAAGUGGCGUAGCGACACUACCCGGAAAGCGGUCUACGAUCAUUCUCAUUUUUCAUUCCAUUCGGAGGACGAAUGGUAACGAGUGGCAGGAUCUUCUUAAGAGACAAUUUCCAAGUGAACUUUUAGCACUAUCGACUUUGAUUGCUUACUUGUCGGCCUUGAUAAGGUCAGAUUUAUUUUAAAAACAUCCCUGAAUAAACAAACCAUUACUAGUUUUCGGUCA